CCAAACCGAGCCCGAGCUUAGAUUUUCAGCUCGGUUUCAAAUCCGAGCCGAGCCGAGUCCGGUUUUUAGUCGAAUGGCAAUUAUACCAUAGUAGUGCAAUUAAGAGCCAAAUGGCAAUUAUAUAGGUUUUUCAAGGUCGAUCACUCAUUCUAAUUUCUUCGGCAGCGACUCCUCCAAACUUCAAAGUUCUCAGAAUCAUGGUUUGUAGAAUGGUGUAAGAACUGUAAUGCAGUUAAGGUUCAUUUCAGAAUUGGAGAAGCAUUUUUCUUAGAUCAUUACACAUUGCAAUACAAACAUUUUCUCUCACACCAAAACCAACCAAACCAUGAAAUCUUUAACACUUCUUAGAUCCAUUCGUAUCCGGACCACUCAACGUAACAUAACAAGGUUUCUACAAUCUCGUUUUUUCCAACCCGAUUUUGUUCCCGCAGACCCCAAACCCAAGCCCAAAAAGUACAAACUACCCUCAUCCUAUGAUCCAUACGGCCCGAGACCACCACCUUCCGAUAAAAUCAUCCAACUUGCUGAAAAAAUCGCAGCCCUACUCCCCGAAGAGCGUUUGCAAAUAGGUCCCACACUCAGAGAGAGAUUAAUGCACCCGUUGAUGCAAUCAGUUUCGGUUGAAGGGGUUGACUUGGGUGGUGCGCAAGGCGGGUCAGCCAAGACCGAAGAAAAGGUUGAGAAAACAGUGUUUGAUGUUAAGUUGGAGAAGUUCGACACGGGUACUAAAAUUAAGGUGAUUAAAGAGGUACGCGCGUUUACAAGUCUUGGAUUAAAGGAGGCUAAAGAAAUGGUGGAGAAAGCUCCUGUUUUGGUUAAACAAGGUGUUACUAAAGAAGAGGCUAAUGAGAUAAUAGAGAAGAUUAAAGCUGCUGGUGGUGUUGCUGUAAUGGAGUGAUGUUUUAAGACUCUUGAUUUUGAGUUUUAAAUGUUUCUUGAUGGUUGGAAGAAUAGCUGUGGGUCAAAAUAGUGUUUUUUUUUUAAAUAAUAUUUGUCAGUUUCACUGGUU